GUGUGGUCUGGCUGGUGGCGGUCAUCGUCGGAGCCCCCAUGUGGCACGUGCAGCGGCUCGAGGUUAAGUACGACUUCCUCUACGAAAAGCAGCACAUCUGCUGCUUGGAGGAGUGGACCAGCCCCGUGCACCAGAAGGUCUACACCACCUUCAUCCUCGUCAUCCUCUUCCUCCUGCCGCUGCUGGUGAUGCUCAGCCUGUACAGUAAGAUCGGUUACGAACUCUGGAUCCACAAGAGAGUGGGGGACAGCUCGGUGCUUCGAACCAUCCAUGGAAACGAGAUGUCAAAAAUCGUCAGGAAGAAGAAGCGGGCUGUGGCCAUGAUGGUGACCGUGGUGGCCCUCUUCGUGGCGUGCUGGGCUCCUUUCCACGUCGUGCACAUGCUGGUGGAAUACAGCAGCUUCGAGGAGGAGCACGACGAGGUCACCAUCAAGAUGACUUUUGCCGUCGUGCAAUUCCUGGGAUUCGCCAACACCAUCUGCAACCCCAUCAUUUACGCCUUUAUGAACGAGAACUUCAAAAAGAACUUCCUGGCCACCAUGUGCUGCUGUGUGGUGAGGGAAACCCUGUCCCCCGCAUGGCGGCGGCGUGGACCCUCAGGGACGGCCAUGACGCAGAAGCGAGCCGCGCUGGGCCGGAGGGAGGACGCCGUGGAGGAGACCAAGGGGGAGGCGUUCAGCCACGGCCACAUCGAGGUCAAGCUGUGCGACCUGCCCGAGGAGACACGGCGGGCCCGGUGA